AUGACAAAAUCACCUCCAAUUGUGUUCAUAGCCAGACAUGGCGCCCGCCUGGAUGCUGCAGACAAAGAUUGGCACCUUACCUCCCCUACGCCUUACGACCCCCCUCUCUCCUACGGUGGGUGGAUGCAAGCUCGCGCCCUUGGUGUACGGAUCGGGAGUCUACUGAGAGCCCGGCAAUUCACCGGAGAAGAUCCGAAGGACCAGAAUCCUCCGACCUCGGAUGAUCAGGCCAGCCUAAACCCUGCCCCCACAUCGGAUAUCUACGACCGAUACAACGUCAUUGUCCAUACCUCUCCCUACCUGCGAUGUCUUCAAACGGCCAUUGGUGUCAGUGCAGGCAUCGGUUCACAUCCAACCGAGACAACCGAGCCAAGUCCUUCCCCAGUUGCAGCCGGGUCAAACCCUGAUCCAAGAUGUCUGCUUCGGGUGGAUGCAUUUUUGGGAGAAUGGCUGUCACCAGACUACUUUGACCAAAUUACCCCACCUCCUAGCUCCGACAGAAUGGUGGCGUCUGCCAAAGCGGAAUUGCUGCGUCGUGCCGAGGUCAUCCCUGCUACGGACGGGUCGGCGAGGGCUCUGUCAGGUCAUUUUCCCGGUGGCUGGGGCAGUCAAUCCCACCCUAGUUCACCAACAACCGAGGAGGAGGAAGGACUACAUUCUAAAACUACCCAACCCGGUCCGCGACAACGUGCUAGUACCUAUGAUACCCAACAAAAUCCAGUUCGUGCCAAGAAUGCAAAAAAGUCACUGGGCCGUCUAAACACGGAUCUACCGCCGAUUCUCGAUGCGUCAUAUGUACCUCCUACACCCAGCUACGCGGUCUCUUCUUCUGAUCCCAUACCUACUGGAUACGUUGCCCAUGCGAGGAAUGCUUGCACCAAAAUUGAUUACCAAUGGGAUAGCUUGCGCACACCUUACUGGGGGACUGGGGGUGAAUAUGGCGAAGAGUGGAGUACUAUGCAUGAACGUGUGCAUGAUGGCUUCCAGCACAUGGUGAACUGGUACCGAGCGCAGGGAUCAUCUGACCAAAAGGCUGCGACCACCUCGAAUGGAGCCAGCGCUUUUCGUGAUACGCAAACAGUCCUCGUUAUAAUCACACAUGGCGCAGACUGCAAUGCGUUGAUCAGCGCAUUGACUGGCCACUCAGUCCUUCUAGAUAUCAACACGGCCUCACUCACGAUGGCUGUACGACGCAACCGCAUCAAGAACCCCGCCCCGGAGGAUGCGCGUAAUUCUCCGAAGCAUCAGGGGAGCCAAUCGGUGUCGCGGGAAUACUCCCUGCAGCUUGUGGCGUCCACUGAUCAUCUGCGACCAGGAAUCAACCCCUCACAGCUCACCUCACUGGCAUCACCCUCCGUGCCACAGCCUGUUUCACCAGCUCCGGCCUCGUCCUAUCGGAAUCGACUGACUUCUCGCCCGUCGCACCUCCCAGGCCCGUUGGCAAGUGGGCUACCAUCAAACUCCAUGACGAGUCCUCGUGGCUGGACGCUGGCCUUGCGCUCGUCCACUAAUUCUCGCAGUGCUUCUGGCCUCUGGGGUUCGAUGUCUCCUGACAAGACUGAGAAGACUGAGAAGACUGAGAAGGUCGACAAGGCCGACCAGGCCGACAAGGCCGAUAAGGCCAACGACAUAGACGAACAUUUUGUGCCAAACUUCGGUGAUCGCCCAGCUAGCCAGGAUUCAGCGCUUGCUGAGAAGCCCGUGGAUCGAUGGACAAGACAGCUACCACAACGGACGAUAUCACAACGUGGUUUAUGGGGCAGUGCGCCAUCAUUGGAGGAUCGUGACGGUGGAUCAAAACGACGAUGGACAGUGACGGAGCAGAAGUUAUGA